AUGGAUCUUAAGCUAAACAUUUCGUAUCCCUUUCUUUCAAUCAACGUGUUGAAGUUCAAUACAUCAUGUCCCAACACAACCCUAACCCAUCUCAACUGCUUAACUUCCCCGCAACCAUCACCAUCCUCUCUGCAUUUCGAUUCAACCCCAUCCCUAGUCUCCUACCUCAUCCACAAUUUCGAUUUCUCCCCACAAUCCGCUUCCAAACUUUGCUCCACCCACCGUCUUGCUUUCAAUACCACCCAAAAACCUGACUCUCUUCUCAACUUGUUCACAAACUACGGUUUCUCUAAUUCCCAGUUGCGCGACAUCAUUGCCAAGGCACCCUGGCUGCUUUCCUGCAACCUCUUCAAAAGGGUGUUGCCAAAGUUUCAAUUUUUUCUCUCCAAAGGUGCUUCUAACCCUGACAUUGUUAACCUUGUCAUUAAGGACCCUAAAGUCUUGUGUCCAAGCCUGGAGAAUCAUAUAGCCCCAACAUAUGAAUUGAUUUAUACAUUCUUGCAAUCAGAUAAAUACCUUAUUGCUUCUGCAAUUCAGAAUCCAAAUUUACUCUGUGACUAUUUUGUGCCGCGUAACAUUACAUUGCUGAUUCAGAAUGGAGUGUCUGACUCAAAUAUUGCCAGAAUUCUUCGGACUUGGAGUAUGACAUUGAGUGCGCGUGACAUGGUGAGUUUAUUGGAGGAAUUAAAGGAUUUGGGGUUUAAUCCUUCAAAAACAUCUUUUAGUGUAGCAUUGAUGGCCAAAACAACAGUAACCAAAACCAAGUGGAAAGAGAAAGUUGAUGCGUUUAAGAACUGGGGUUGGUCUGAUGAAGAUGUCAUCGAAACAUUUAAAAAGCAACCUCAGUGUAUGUUAACAUCCAUUGAGAAGAUUAAUUUUUUGAUGAAUUUCUGGGUAAAUCAAUUGGGCUGGGAUGCUCUGGCCCUUACCAAACACCCGCUGCUUUUUGGCUUUAGUUUAGAAAAAAGGAUCAUUCCAAGGGCCUCAGUUGUGCAAUUUCUUCUCAAUAAUGGUUUGAGAAGUAAGUCUGCAAGCUUAGCUUCUCCAUUCACAGUGCCUGAGAACAUGUUUCUUGAUAGGUUUAUAAAACGUUUUGAGAAGGAGUCUUCUUAUCUACUAAAGUUGUACGAGGAGAAACUCAAACUUGCAUGUCAUGAUUAG